AAUUCCUGUUCAUAGGUGCCAAGGAAUGAAAGGUAAGAUGUGCUCCAGCUCACACAGACACAUGUAUGGACCAGCAUGCAUCUGUCUGACACACGCGUCUCGUGGCCGACUAGCAGCCCUCAUUGGUCUCUGGGGGUGCAAGGUCUAAACUCCACAAAACAUCUGGAGAAACGCUGCAGUGUGUCUGUUCUGCAGUCAUGAACAUUCCUGCUUUCGGCUGAAUCACCUUCAGGGCUUUUAUUUCUCUUAAUGGUUCUAUUUUGUAAAUCCGCCUAAUUUGCUGUCCGUGGGAUAAUUGCCUGAAAUCAUUUUCAAAAGCGAGAAUGUACGUAUUAUAACCACAAGAGGGAGUCGAGUGAUGUCACUGCCAUGCAUCACUAUGAUGCGAAUGUCACAGACAUGAAAUACAAAAAAAUGAUAUUUAAUGAAAAGGUGAAUAGGUUUAUUUAAAUUGCCAGAAUUGUCCAGAUAUGUACAUUUAAGCAGAUGCAUCCCUCUUAUAAAUGAGUGAUAUUUGAAUAUAACAGUUUUGCCUCUUUUUUUUUUAACACUCAUUUGAUCCAAAGGAAGCGCCUCACUUCCCACCCAUGCCUUUUCUACAAAAAUCGUGUCUGUACGCUGCAUGUGCACCUAACCGAGCAUGAAUGAGUGACUGGUUGUGUUUACACGUGUGUUACGCACACAGAUAGCCAUGAUAAUCAUGUUGACCCCUCGACUUUUCCCUCCCCAGGAGAUUAUUCCACCACACAGUUAGCCAGCCUGCACAACAGGUGCCGACGGAUUGAUGGCUGGAGAGAUGAAUGAUCGCUGGAAAAAAAAAUGAGAGUGAGAGAGAGAGAGAGAGAGAGAGUGUGUGCGUAAGAGCAACUUAGAUUCUCACGAGGAAAAAAAUGGUACACGUUACUGGAGGAGUCACUGAAGAGAGCGAGAGAGAGAGAGAGAGAGAGAGAGAGAGAGGGAGGGAGGGAGAUGAAAAAGUCAGUGAGUCAGUAGUGAGAAAGAUUGUAAUAAAGUGAGAGGGAGGGAUGAAGAGGAGGAAGGUAUAAUUACAGAGAGAGAAAGAGAGAGGGGACAAACAGUGAGAAGCCAGAGAGGGAGAGAGUGCUAAAGAAAGAGUCAGAGAACUGUCUAACCCUGCCCACUUUCCACUCAACCAUUCAACUCCGGCACGGGCAGCCGUGCACCGUCAGGUUUCUACAGAGCGACCCGGAGGAGGAGCUCACCGGCGGCGCUUCGUUCAGCCCUCUUCAACUUUUAUCACCAUGACCGCUCCGCUCAGAUAAGGAUUAUUUUGGACCGGCUCCCGCUUUCCGCAUCGAUCUGACAAGCAAGCCAGCGCGGCGACUGUGAUCUUGGCAGCGGAGCAGAACAGGACCGAGGUGUGAGUCUGCCGUCACUCAGGAUGUCCUCGCUCACUCUCGUGACUGGGGUGCUGCUGCUCUCCGGCUGUUUGUCAGGGGGCUGCUCGCCCACGCCGGCCGAGAGCGGCUCUCAAGAUCCCGUGACCCCCUGCCCGUCCUGCGCUCUAGCCCAGAGGCAGAAGGACUCGGAAGAGCAGACCGACAUGGUGGAGGCGGUCAAGAGGCACAUCCUCAACAUGCUGCAUCUGAACGCCCGGCCCAACGUCACUCACCCCGUGCCCCGCGCCGCCCUGCUCAACGCCAUCCGCAAGCUGCACGUGGGACGGGUGGGUGAGGACGGCACGGUGGAGAUGGAGGAAGAUGGAGGGGGGCUGGGGGAACACCGAGAGCAACCUGAGGAGCAGCCCUUCGAGAUCAUCACCUUCGCUGAGCCAGGAGAUGCCCCUGACAUCAUGAAAUUUGACAUUUCUAAGGAGGGCAGCGCUCUGUCCAUGGUGGAGCAGGCCAACGUCUGGCUUUUCCUAAAAGUCGCCAAGGGCAGCCGAGGGAAAGGCAAGGUGUCUGUUCAGCUCCUGCAGCCCAAUGCGGACGGAUCCCAAGAAGCGGUGGUGUCCGAGAAGACGGUGGAUACGCGGCGCAGCGGCUGGCACACGCUCCCGGUGUCCCGCACAGUGCAGACCCUGCUGGACGGGGACGACAGACUGCUAUGUCUCCGCGUCUCCUGUCCCAUGUGUGUCGAAGCUGGCGCCGUGCCCAUCCUGGUGCCCUCCGACGGCAUCAAGGGCAAAGAGAGGGAACAAUCUCACCGUCCCUUCCUCAUGGUGGUGCUGAAGCCAGCCGAGGAACACCAGCACCGGCGCAGCAAGCGCGGCCUGGAGUGCGACGGCAAAAUUCGCGUCUGCUGUAAACGGCAGUUCUACGUCAAUUUUAAGGACAUCGGGUGGAGCGACUGGAUCAUCGCUCCGUCUGGGUAUCACGCUAACUACUGCGAGGGCGACUGCCCCAGCCAUGUGGCCAGCAUCACGGGCUCGGCCCUCUCCUUCCAUUCCACCGUCAUCAAUCACUACCGGAUGCGCGGGUACAGCCCCUUUAACAACAUCAAGUCGUGCUGCGUACCCACGCGCCUACGGGCCAUGUCCAUGCUCUACUACAACGAGGAGCAGAAGAUCAUUAAGAAAGACAUCCAGAACAUGAUAGUGGAGGAGUGUGGCUGCUCAUAAGACGCCGUGAACUCCUAACAAACACUUUAAUGUUGGUACAAAGCACAUAUCAGAGGAUUGGCACACAGACUUUCGAACUGCAAACUCGGGCAAACCUAUUUGUUUCUAGAUCAUUCCAAUAGGACUGGUUAUUGGAGCGGUCUUUGUGGCACUUUCGUAUAAAAAUGACGGAGGGGAAUAAAGCAUAAUAUAUUUUUUUUAAUGAAGGGAGACUGAGACUGAGAGGGAACGGGUGCAUGGGUCAAAGUGUCAGCCCUGAUUCUCUGCACUGCAAUAAAGAGACUUAUUUUGAAGUGUGGAAUUAUAUAUUCUGAGAGGAAGAAGAAGAAAAAAAAAACAUGCAACUCUAUGCAAGACAAGUAUUAUUACUGGAUGUUCUUUUUAUUAUUAUUAUUAUUAUUAUUAUUUGUCUUCUAGCUUUACGUUUAAUGUCGUUUUUAUUGUCAUCCCUUUUCACAGACAAAAAAACUGUACUUUUUAGUACAUCUUAAAAGAAGUAGUUGUGUUUAGUUAAUUUUUCUUAUGAGAAAUACUUGAAGAUUAAAAUUAGUUUGACCAGCUGCUGGAGCCAAACUACAUUAUUAUUGUUAUUAUGAUUAUUUUAUUAUUGUUAUUAUUAUUAUUAUUAUAUUGCUAUAAUCACCUAUUAUUAUUUUUCUCCUAAACAUUCUGAAUGUUGAUGAAAAGUAAUAUAAAUUUGCACUAAGCCAACAUUCGUACCAUGUGAAGCCCAGAGCAUUAUGGGUCGCAUUCUAGUUGCCAUAUCAGAGUCUAGAACAAAAUGCAUUCGGAUCUUACACAUAGUAAACCAAAGACCAUACACAUCCCAUUCUCAGAGCAAAUCCCCAAAAUGCCCGGCUCUGUGAAUCUAUUCAAAUUAGGAACAACUGUGUAUGGCCAACAUAAUAUACCAUUAACUUAAUAUAGCACAUAAAAUAACUUUAAUUUCUGUUUGUUUGUUAUUUUCCUGAAGCAGCCUCAAUGUUAAGAUACCUUUCGCUCUCUGUGUUUCGACAGUGUUUUGUCUUUACCAAUGUAUAACAAAGGUCUUAGAUUCUGAACUGAAACCUAGCCUUCUCGACAGAAAUAUUCAGUAAAGAAAUAGAAACGAUGUCCUGGCAGCGGCAAUCUGCUUGGUCAGGUUUAAAGUACAAGACACUAAAGGAACUUACUGUGUUGUUUUAUGUAGAGUUAUGCAACAUAUGAUUGUAUGUUGCCAUGUUGUACAAAUCAAAAUAUGUGCUUGUCAUGUUUUAUAUCUAAUUUAUUUUGCAGCAUAAUCUUUGCUUCACUAUUAAAGCUGAAUUGUACAACUUCA